CUUUCGGCGCACUCUUUUGGAGGGGUUGACACUCUGACAUGAGCGGCUCGGACUCGGACUGACGCGGGGCCAUGGCGCGCCUGCUGAGCUGCGUGCUGCUCGGAUACCUGACCUGGAACCUGCGGAUAUCGGACGCGCGUGGGGAGUACUGCCACGGCUGGCUGGACAGCAGCGGGAACUACCACGAGGGUUUCCACUGUCCGGAGGACUUCGACACCGCCGACGCCACCGUGUGCUGCGGCUCGUGCGCUCUGCGCUACUGCUGCGCGGCCGCGGACGCGCGGCUGGAUCAGGGCGGCUGCACCAACGACCGCGAGGCGGACAGCACCGAGUACGCAGCGCAGCCCGUCUAUGUGCCCUUCUUGAUGGUUGGCAGUAUCUUCAUCGCCUUUGUGAUUGUCGGCUCGCUGGUUGCCGUCUACUGCUGCACGUGCCUGAGGCCCAAACAGCCCACUCAGCAGCCCAUGCGCUUCUCCCUGCGCAGCUGCCAAGGUGAAACCAUUCCCAUGAUCCUCACCGCGGCACCGCCGAGCCUGCGCGCCCCAUCGAGACAGUCCAGCACGGCCACCACAAGCUCCAGCUCGGCAGGAGGCGGCGGCUCCGUGCGGAGGUUCUCUCUCGGAGGUCAGCAGCAGCAGCAGCACGGCUGCCUGGUGUCUGUCACAGUCUCAUCCGCUGGCACCCCCACCCAGACUGCACUGCCGCCUCCCCCCUACACAUCACCACCAGCGCCCGCAGCAGGACCCAUCCAGCAUCCCCCUCCCUCCAGCCACACCCACACACAGCUGCAGCUCCACCAGCCCUCCAUGCCCCCUCACCUCCAGCAGGGCGCCGGCUUCCUGCUGCCCCAGCAGUACUUCUUCCCACUGCAGCCUGAAGCAUUCACACCGGCCAAGGGCUUCGCAGACUUUGGACAAAGCUGACGGGGAAACGCAGGGAUUACAAGAUUUGGAGAUGAUGGGAGGCAGGAUGAAGAAAUGAGCUGCAGCACAGCCGGAGGUGGAAGGCAUCGGCUGGACUGAACGGCAUCAAGAGCAACGGGAAGUGUGCCUGAAGACGUUUUCUUCCAUUGCACAGCCAUAUUCAAUCAUAUGCACUUCUGAAUUUUUUUUUUAAUUUUUUAAAAUACUGUGCCUCUUUACCUUCAAGUUUUUUUUUUUUUUAAACUGACAGAUGACACUUACAUGUGGACUGUUUUUUUUUUGUACAAUCUCAGUGACCUCUUGAAGAAAAGAGGAUAUUACAGAUUUUUUUUGUGGGAUUAAAUGUGAGCCUGACUGCUUUUACAGCCUGUUGUUCAGGCAUUAAAUUGAGGUUGUCACAGCGAUUCCCAAAAUUAUGACAAAUAAAUCUUUGUCUCA